GCUGGUUGUUAGUUUCGAAGGUGUAAUUCACAACACUAAUGAAUAAAAUAUCGUUAUAAUAAGAUAAUAAUUGUAUAGUGAUUUAAAACACAGUUCACAAAUCCAACUUAAAACUUUCACAAUGGUUGACGAACCGCCGCCACGUGAGGUGAGUGAGUGUUUUUGUACAUAUUCAUGCUCUCAGCUAAUUAAAAAUCUAAACGUGAGCAAUUGCUAAAGUGGCACUAUGAACGAUUUGUUGUUGUGUGAGCGAAUUCGUAUCAGCUGGUUUCUAAUGAAUGCGUCACACAUUCUGAUAAGACCGGUUGGCUGCUGUUGGUGUAACAUUGAUAUUGUGAAUCGACUUUGCGACGUAGGGAAACAACGUUCAGUUAGUCGAAAUACAUAUAUGUAUUUGUUUAUGUUGCUCCGAGUGCUGUUGUCACGGUCAAAGCUCAUCGAAACAAGUCUAGUCAAAUUCGAGGACAUUCGCAUCAAAGUACCUUGGGGUCACAUCGCUGGACGUUGGUAUGGCGAUCGCAAUUUACGCCCCAUUCUCGCCAUCCAUGGCUGGCUGGACAACUUGGGUACUUGGGACACUUUGAUACCGCUUUUGCCGCAACAUAUUGGUAUUUUGUGCAUUGAUCUGCCCGGACAUGGAUACUCCUCGAAAUACCCCCCAGGGCUACCGUACCAUGCCAUGGAUUAUGUUAACGUAAUUAUUCGUGUAAUGAAGGAAUAUGAGUGGGAAAAAGUUUCGCUGUUGGCCCAUUCGCUUGGCUCGAUCAUAUCAUUCACGUACGCCGCGCUGUUCCCGCGAACGGUGGAUAUGAUUAUAGCCGUUGAUGUUAUUAAGGCAUAUUACCCUCCAGUGGAGCAUGCGAUAAAUAAUCUGCGUGCGAAUGCCGAAAAAAUGCUUUUAGAAGAAGAGCGCAUCGAGAAGUUGACAAUGUAUGAGCCACCCUCAUAUACAUACGAACAAUUGAAGCAGGUGCUCUACGAGGGUUCGCAAAGAUCCGUUGAAAUUGACAAUUGCAAAUAUUUGCUAAGUCGGAAUAUUACAAAAUCAAGAAAAUUUCCAGAUAAAUAUUAUUUUUCACGCGAUGGACGAGUGAAGAUAUACACUCCAUUUAUAGGUUGGCCGGCUUUGUAUUUAGAAAUGGCUAAGAGAAUCAAGAAUGUGCCUUAUUUAGUCAUUAAGGGCACUAAAUCUGACUACAUUAAUGAGGAUUCCAAUGAAGUAAUCGAUGUACUGCGCCAGAACAAUCCGCACUUCGAAUUUCAUGAGAUUGAUGGCACCCAUCAUGUGCACUUGAAUAAUCCGUCGGAAUGCGCAGCCGUUAUAACUCCAUUCAUUAAUGCUCACAGGCCAGCUAUGCCCAAUAGCUGGGCUGUUGAUGACGAUGAAACUGUGCUUAGAGGCAAUCAAAGUAGAAACCGUAACAAAAAUGCAGCCAAGCGGCGACUCAGGUGGCUUAGGAGUAAGCUGUGAUGAAGUGGAAUAUUUUAUA